AUGUCAGGGUUAUUCACCGCUACGGUCAAUUCAUUGAUCUCAGUGGCAUUGAUGACCAUACAGUUCAGAGACCUCCAGCUUGCCACGGCAGCUGCUUACAUCCUCACAGACCAUGGUCUCAUCAUUGGUCUGAUACACCAGGGUGCUGCCAUGUCCCAUGGGAAAACCAUUCUCUCUCCAGGUCAGUUGGAGCAUUUCGGGUGCCGUGUCCAUGACAAGGCCCUGACUGUCACCGGGCUCGACCCCUACUUUGUGACCCCAAUGGUUUCAGGGUGCCAUGGCCAUCCAGUCCGGGCUACCCUAUGUCCAACUCGGCCACCUAAUGACCAGGAGCUCAGUGACAGUAGUAUCCCCCAUGUGGACCUCACCAGUCCUCAUGCCUGGGAUCCCUCCUGUCUUGACUCUGUCCCUGCGGAUGAAUGGUUCCUUCAGCAGGACAAACCCUCUACGAUGAUGGGGAGUUCCCACUGGACCCCUUGGGCGACUUAG